CACAGUACGGUAGUACUAUGUAAUUCAAGAAAAAAUAAAAAAAAAUAUUUCUCUGUUCUCAGACUAUUAAUUUUUAAAGAUAAUUUAUACUUUUAGUUACCAUACAUGUUUUACUUUAAUUCAUAAGUAAGAUUCUCAGAUAAAUAGGGAAAAUAUAGGUGUCACAAUUAUUGAAAAGUGCGUGUAAUUUAUUGACUGACCACUGAUUAUGACCGAAAAAGAAAUACAAGAUCCACAGUUACAGAAUUUCAUCCUCGCUGAAACUCAAAAACAACGUUUUCAAGUUUUAGUCCACGGCCUGACAGACACAUGCUGGGAUGCAUGUAUGGAACGUCCAUCAAACCGUCUCGACUCCAAGACUGAAGUGUGCAUCAUGAACUGUGUUGAAAGGUUUAUUGAUGCUACGACAUUUAUAACUAGGCGUCUCAUGAACACUACUAAAUACCGCUCAGACGCUCCUCUCCUAUUCCAAUAAAUUAAGUAUAAAUUUUAUUAAGAAACAUGUUGGGCGGCAUUAGAGACUUUUUUUACCGUCACAAGAGGAAGUUCAUUGUGACGGGGGCAGUCUUUGGUGGAUUGUAUUUGUUGACAAGCUAUGCUCAAAGGAAAUUACGAGAAUGGCAAGAAAGAGAAGCAAAAAGGUUUUUUGAAAUGACUCGUAAAAAGCAACACUUUGAAAGCACAGAACGCACAUGCAACCAAACUAUUUUGUCACUAUCAAAAAUUGUAACUGAAAGCAUUUUAGGAGUACUUAACACAGAAGAAAUAGUUUUGAAGCUUCAAGAGAAUCCAAACAACAAAUUAGUAUUAUGGGAACAGUUGAAAAUUAUGAUUUUCACCAGAAUGUGUGUCCUUGUGUAUGCACUCAGUAUAUUACAGGUGACACUACGAGUGCAACUCAAUAUUAUUGGUGGUUACCUGUACCGAGACUCAGUUCAUGAAGAUAAUCCAUUGGUUGACAGUGAGCUGCAGGCCAAGUACCUGUCCUUGUGCCACCACUUUGUUGGCCGAGGAGUAGAAGAUUUAAUAAAACAAAUAGAGAGUGUUGUGAAAAAGGUUUUAGAACCUGUGUCACUCAAGAAAAAGAUGACAUUGCAGGAGGUGGAGCAAAUAUUUUGGUCUAUACAAAAUAGUCUAUGCACAGACUCCGCAGAUGGUGACCCUGUGAAGAAAAUGGUACACUAUCUAGUGGGGCAUGCUGAAAUAAAUGGAGCAAAGCUAGACACCAUUGUUAAAGAAACAAUGGAUAUACUAGAGAGUGAUGAGGUCACUUCUAUUGCUAUGUCAUCUAUAAGUCGGAGCUUCUCAUCAGUCACUGAUGAGGUAGCAAACUUAUUUGUUUCUAAGUCAGCACCAGUAAGUAAGAACCAUUUGGAAUUAAAUGUUGAACAUGUAAUCACUAAUGGUGCCCUGAAACUAGGGGCAUCCCCUGACACAUUUGUUGAUGUAAAUAAGGUAGAGAUACACUUUGUAAAACUGUUGCCAGUUAUAAAUGAACUCAUCACUAAGAACUUGUGUAAAGGUAACACUAACAUUCCAGACUUACUGACACAACAACUCACUCUAAAUGAUAAAUUAAAACUUCUUGGUGCAAACAUAUAUGAAGUAUUUAGUAGUGCAUAGGUUCUGUACAAUAUGUAUGACAUUUAAAUAUAAAUGAACAAUAUCUUUUUCUGUAAAUAAAUUGGUAAAUAAUGACUUACCAGCAAUUAUUGAAAUCUAAUUUUUAUUACACUACAGAAAUAGAUGUCACAAACAUUAAUGUCAAGUUCUGGUAUUGUGGUAGUUAAGUUUUUUUUUGUAUUCUUGCAUUUUGGGGGAUUGUAAUAAAGAUAUAUUAAUUAUUA